AUGUAUGGUGCUACUUCAAAAAGUAUUAGUCAAAAUAAAAAUGAUGGUCAAAUUCCUAAAGCUAGUAAAAUUGAUAGUUCCAAAGAAUCUGCUAGUGAUGAAAGUAUUAUUGAAUAUAGUUAUAAUAAAAAAAGAAAAAAAGCAAAGGUUAAAAAAUUGGUUGACAGGCUUGAGAAUCCUCCUAGUGAAAUAAAAUUACACUUAGUAUUAGAAUGUAAAGAUGUACCAGGAGAUACUAAAAAAAAAUAUUUACAUAUUAUAACAACUUCCAAAUCUUCAAAAAAAAAGAUGAAAGUUGAAAUUCAAUCCAAAAUUACUGACAAAUUUCAAUCAGCCUAUAUAGAUCAAAGUCAAGAAAAUCUUAUUAACAAAGCUUUAACUCGCUUCUUUACUUGUUGUGGAAUUCUAUUUUGA